UAUGAGUUGCUAACUCCAGUCUAUUCUGUGAGACUCGGCCGCGUGGUCGCCUCAACAUUCACGCGUCAGAAUGUUCGCAACUUUGAACGCAGCGAGUCACCGGUAAAAUAACGGACAAUAUUCCAUGUUCUUUUUCUGAAUUUGAAAAAAAUAUUCUCUCGAUAUUUGAAAAUAAAGAGUUCUUUUUUUUUUAUUCUAAUAAAAAAAUAAAACAAAAUAAUAGUGAUGUGCGUGUGUUUUUGUGUCUGUGAAGUUUAUUAAAACUUUUUAAUAAUAAUAAAAAAGUUGGUAUAAUUAAAUAUUACAAAAAAUAUUAUUGCGUAUGAAUAUUAAUUAAAGGCAGGUACUCGAAACGCUAUUUUGGUUGAAGUGCGGAAAGUUUGUUGGCUUUAGAUGAUUUAUGAUGCGGACGACACCGUGGACGCGACGGUUCGGAAAAUUUUAAUGCUUCGGAACUGACGUGACUUUCGAUCGAAAAUGUUCACCGCCCAGCCGAACGCGUCGGUCCUAAUCUACAGCCCAGAUGACAACCAGACAGAGAGUGACUACACUCCCUACGAAGAACGGCUGGAGACGUACCUGGUACCCAUCCUCUUUGCCAUCAUCUUCAUAGUGGGGGUCCUUGGCAAUGGGACCCUGGUUAUCGUUUAUGUCAGACACAGAGGCAUGAGAAAUGCGCCGAACACGUACAUAUUCUCGCUGGCAUUAGCAGAUCUCCUGGUGAUCCUCAUAUGCGUGCCAUUCGUCUCAAUUAUUUAUACCUUGGAGUCCUGGCCAUGGGGAGAAGUCAUCUGCAGGAUAUCUGAAGCCGGUAAAGACGUCAGCAUUGGAGUAUCAGUCUUCACACUGACAGCUUUAUCAGCUGAACGCUACUGCGCCAUAGUAAAUCCUUUUAGAAGGUUACAGCUUCGAAAACUCCCUUUGGUUUGCGCGACAUUCAUAUGGGCAGCGGCACUUAUCUUCGCGGCGCCAGCGGCUCUGUUCUCAAACACAGUCACACUACGAAUAAGGCCUAAUGUCACCAUAGUAUACUGCACGCCUUUCCCUCCUGGAUGGGACAGCUACCCAAAAUGGAUGACUUUAGCAAAGGCGUUAAUAUACUACGGGCUGCCAUUGUUAGUGAUUGCUUUUUUUUACUCACUAAUGGCACAGCGCCUACUGGCCAGUACGCGGGAAAUGCCAGGCGCUUUACACGGAGGACAGGGAGAGGCGCAGGCGCAGGCUAGGAAAUCUGUCGCUUGUAUGGUGCUGGUGUUUGUUAUUGUAUUCUUUAUCUGCUUCUUACCGUACCACGCGCUGGAGAUGUGGUUCCAUCUCUCUCCAACCGCACAGACAGAUUACAACGAUUGGAUACACGCGCUGAGGAUAAUGGGCUUCUGUCUUAGCUUCCUCAACUCCUGCGUGAAUCCAGUGGCCCUGUACUGCGUCAGUGGAGUCUUCAGGUCACACUUCAAUCGCUACCUCUGCUGCCGACGGGGGACCCUUCAUCCAACCUGCAGCUCCCGGUUGUCCAGGACUGCUGUCUGCGAAACCUCAUUCAGGAGCACACAUCGGCAUCGCUGCAACAGGAACCCGACAGAGAGCGUUGUGAUAUCAAACUACGACUAUGGAAGCACUAAGAAGAAGAGUAACAUCAUAUCAAGGAACAGCGCUGAUGGUGUCACCAUCAUGACCAUCAGGGACACCAAUGACUUCCUAACCGGAGAUCUUGAUGAGAAAUGCAUCACUAGAUAGGGAAUAUGGUAUUUACGGCGAUACAAAAGACAAUGAAUGUUUUUUGUUUUGUUUUUAUCUGAUUAGUUUUUGAUGUUUACAUACCGUAUGGGGAAUCCUCUUAUGACUUAAUUUAAACCACAUAUUUUUUAUCAUCUUGGCUGACAAUAUACGAAAAAUGAGCGAAAUAGACCUGGUAGGUAAGCCAUAAAUUGCAUUAUUCUAUUUGAGCUAAUUUGAACACUCUCUAACGGCAUUAUAACAAACGCAUGUCCGUAGCAUUCCAAGACAACCAACAAUAUUUCAUUAUUUCUUUUGUUUGAUUUUUUUUUAAUUUUCGUUAUUGUUGAAAUAUUUAGUUACAUUAUGCCUUUGCGAACAAGUACUACUUGUAGUUUAAUUUAAAUCAUACGAGUGAUCUCCAUACUGUAUACUAUGUUAUUAGUGUUAGCGCUUCAUUUGUUGUUUAAUCUAUGUCUGCGUUUUAGGAACGAUGAUGGAUUUUUGUGUACAAAUAUUUUGAAAUCAGAUUUGGUAUUGGGACUAUAGCUAUGUAUUCUAUUUUCGUAUUUGUUUAAGGAUAACUCUAUUUAUUUUUAAUUGUAUAUGACGAAGGAGAAAUCUACGUGGUGUUUUAAAAGUGUGACGUCAUCAUUGCUGACGUCACAGUUGUUGUUCUCACGAUGGUCACCCAUUUUGGGGCUUAGAAAAACUUCACGAGUACUGUAAACUUAGUUUAUUCAACUCCCAGAGAGGUCCGUACUGUACGGCGAUCGGAGUGCAACUGCCUCGAUUGCCUACAGU